UAUUCCUCUGGUCCUCUAUUCCUCUGUUCUUCUAUUCCUCUGUUCCGGCUAUAUGAGUAUUUAUUAUCGGGAAUUAUUGUCUGUCUGUUGUCACCAAAGCGGGUUGUUGUACCUCAGUGAGAAUAAAUCAAAGGAGGUUGAUCUGCUAAAUACACACACACACACACACACACACACACAAUAAAUAAAGUGUUAGUCAUGCUGUAGUUUGGGAUUUCGAUGAAUACGCAGAGCGUUUCAAUUCUCCUGUUAUUUUUUUGGGUACUUGCAGAAAUCUCAGUCCAGACGCCUUCACUCUUCCUCUGGUUUCUUCCCUCACCUCGCUCCUCCUCGUGGAGGUGAAGGUGUCUCCUCUGCCCCCCCCCCCCCCCCAGCCUAAGCAGUCGGAGCGGUUCGCGUACAGCAGCUAAUCUAAUGUCCACAUUACAGAAAUCGAAGCAUCCAGCCGUAACCCGUGUGCUCGUAUGGCGUCCUGUGGCUUUACCAUCUGGACACGACACACGCACACACACACACACACACACACACACACACACACACACACACACACACAUGAGGCUAAUCCCCUCAAACUAUAACACAACCUCAAUUUGCGGCACUUGUUCCGAUAUUUAACCUCCAAAACUGCCAUUGUUUUUUUUGGCACACGGUUUCAAUGUUGUCUCUCUCUCUCUCUCUCUCUCUCUUCCCUGUGGCCCCCGGGGGCCUCUGGGUUCUGCCCGCUGCCUCUUUCUGGUGGCCUGACUGCACAAAGGCUGAGACUGAGCAGUUUUGCUCGGCGUGGGCACCGGUUUGCGCUAACUCUGCGAUUUCAACUCUACUGAAUAAAUACGUUUGCUCGGCCGGCCAGCUGACCGGUUAAUGAGUAGCUUAGUGGAGCGUGUGUGUGUGUGUGUGUGUGCACAUGUUCGCAUGUGUGUAUUUUUAGGUUGUGUUAUCCAGUUUCUAUGAGCUUGUUAUACGAGGCCUUUUUAUAUAUAGACCCGAGCCCAGGCUGUGUCAUCAUCGUGACUGUAUAUAUAUUUAGAGCCGUUAAGGAAACGCAAACGGUCACGUGUUCGAUUCCCGUCCGCACGGCGCUCGGCUUUUGUGUUCGGCUUUUUUCUCGCCGCGCCUCACCCGCGUGUCCGCGCCCCUCAGAGCCGUCAGCCAGUCCGGCCAAAGACAACUACAGGAUGAACCGCUACAAGAACAAAGCCCUGAACCCCGAGGAGAUGCGGCGCCGGAGGGAGGAGGAGGGCGUCCAGCUCAGGAAGCAGAAACGAGAACAGCAGCUUUUCAAGAGGAGGAAUGUGGAUGUUCUCAAUGAAGAAGAGGCCAUGUUUGAGAGUCCACUGGUGGACCCCGACCUCAGCUCUCCGGCAACAGAAGGAGUCAUCACCAGAGACAUGGUGGAGAUGCUUUUCUCGGACGACCAAGAGCUUCAGCUCGCCACGACACAGAAGUUCAGAAAACUACUUUCUAAAGAGCCCAACCCCCCAAUCGAUGAAGUCAUAAACACGCCCGGAGUCGUCGAUCGGUUUGUGGAGUUCUUGAAGUUGAGCGUCAACUGCACAUUACAGUUCGAAGCCGCCUGGGCGUUGACCAACAUCGCGUCGGGCACGUCCAUGCAGACGAAGACGGUGAUCGAGGCCGGAGCCGUGCCGAUCUUCAUCGAGCUGCUGAACUCGGACUUUGAGGACGUCCAAGAACAGGCGGUGUGGGCCUUGGGGAACAUCGCCGGGGACAGCGCAGUGUGCAGGGACUACGUGCUGAACUGCGACAUCCUUCCGCCAUUAUUAAUGCUUCUGACCAAAUCCACGAGAUUGACCAUGACGAGGAAUGCAGUGUGGGCUCUGUCUAAUCUCUGUAGAGGGAAGAACCCUCCGCCUGCUUUUGAAAAGGUGUCGCCGUGCCUGCCGGUGCUGUCCCGGCUUCUGUUCAGCAGCGACCCGGACCUGCUGGCGGACGCCUGCUGGGCGCUGUCCUACCUCUCGGACGGCCCCAACGACAAGAUCCAGGCCGUCAUCGACUCCGGCGUCUGCAGGCGCCUCGUCGAGCUGCUCAUGCACACGGACUACAAGGUGGCCUCGCCGGCUCUGAGGGCCGUCGGAAACAUCGUGACUGGAGACGACAUCCAGACGCAGGUGGUGUUGAACUGCUCCGCUCUGCCGUGUCUGCUGCACCUUCUCAGCAGCGCUAAAGAGUCCAUCCGCAAAGAGGCGUGCUGGACCAUCUCCAACAUCACGGCAGGAAACCGAGCACAAAUACAGACGGUGAUCGACGCCAACAUCUUCCCGGUUCUGAUCGACAUUCUACAGAAAGCGGAGUUUAGGACCCGGAAGGAGGCGGCGUGGGCCAUCACCAACGCCACCUCCGGAGGAACGCCGGAGCAGAUCAGGUACCUGGUGAACCUGGGCUGCAUCAAGCCGCUGUGUGACCUGCUGACGGUGAUGGACUGUAAGAUCGUGCAGGUGGCGCUCAACGGGCUGGAGAACAUCCUGAGGCUCGGCGAGCAGGAGGCCAAGCAGGAGAGCAGCGGCACCGGGGUCAACCCGUACUGCAGCCUCAUCGAGGAAGCCUACGGUCUCGACAAGAUCGAGUUCCUCCAGAGCCACGACAACCAGGAGAUCUACCAGAAGGCCUUCGAUCUCAUCGAGCACUAUUUCGGGGUGGAGGACGAGGACAACAGCCUCGCCCCUCAGGUGGACCAGGCCAACCAGCAGUUCCUUUUCCCCCAGCAGGAGGCGCCCAUGGAGGGCUUCCAGCUUUAAGCCCCCCCCCCUCCGCCUCCUUAAACAAACCACACACACACACACGGUCCUCCCGCCUCAUACCUCCUUGUCUCAUAGAGGACCCCUAGAUGCCGGCGUCAGACCUCUCUGAUCCGCCACUAACUCCCACCUCCACAAUCGAUACACACACGCACAGACCCCCCCCCCCACCCUUUUGGUAAAGAUGUCCCACUCUCUCCGAAAACCAAAGGACUGACCUCUGGCAGGGCGCGAGGCACCUGCUCCACGUAAACUCCAUUGCACGUCCCUCUAGGAGAGGAAGUGACACGGACAUCUUCCUGCCAUUUGAUUGGUUCUCAUUGGCAGCGACGAUGUUUUUUUGGUUUGUUAAUAUCUUUUACGUACACUUUUUUUCUUUUUUUCUUCUUACAUUGGGACUUUCCCUCAUUUUUAGGAUUGCCCGUGCAGAGCACACAGACCGGGGUGCACGAGGUGAAAUGGGCGGAGUCACGUGAUUAUUUUUGUUUGUUUUCGUGAUUUUUUGUGCUAAUGAUUUUUCUUUUUUUUUCAUCCCAAAUUCGCUCUUUGAUCUUUAGGGUUCAGCUAAUCUGAUGCCCAAGCUAAGAAGUGUCCCCCCCCCCCCACCCCUUCCAUUAAUUAGUUUUUUUUUUUGGAGGCUUGAGACGUGUGGGAACACGUAGAAAGGGAAAGUGGAGAAGUGAUUUGGUUCUAUAGGAUGUUUAACGGUCUAGUAAAUGGGGUGGUGUAGCUAUAGAUCCGAUGUUUGUCGUGUGCUGUGUUAUUAAUGACGAUACAUUUGAAUUAUGAAGUGAUCUAACUAUUUAACAAGGCACAGCGGGGGGGAGGUACUGGCAGCAGGAAAAAAAAAAAAUAUUUUUAUAUUUAAAAGAAUUCAAGACAUCGCAGAUGUUUAAAAAGAAAAAAACGAGCCGAAAUUCCAGACACGACGUUUCUAGUUUUGAAAUGUCUGAUUUCACGGAUGGCCACUAGGGGGCCCUGCUGGUUCGCUCCCACAAUCCCCGGCGGUACGUGGCAGGGGGUCUUUUGCAUGGCGUUGUAUUACCCCCGCGUCACACCGAGUAUCCCUGGCCCAAAACACGGAGAGCUGGAGGACGGUGUGUAGUAGCCCUUUCUCGUUGAGUUUAAAAAUAUAUAUAAAUAUUUAAAAUAAGAGUCGGGGGAGGGGGCGGGGCCUCAACGGUGACGGUGUAGUGACAGUGGUGGUGUCUUGUGGUAGAAUUGAUGUAAAACCUAUCGUUUGGAGGAGAGAAGGAUGACGACUAUAAAUGGUUUUCAUUGUCACAUUGAUGUAAAUAGACGACCCCGUGUGGCCGGCGAGGGAAGUGCAGCCACUACUUUUUAAUAAGGAGCCGGGUUUGGUCCAGGGAUACUCGAGCCUCACUUAAACCAAAACAAUUCAAGUAUUAAAUAUAUUUGAAUUUGGUUGGAUUUGCAUUAUAUAUAUUUACAUAAAUAUAUUUAUAUAUAAUAUUUAUAUAUAUAUAAAUAUUAAAUAUAUAAAUGUUAUAUAUAUAUAUAUAUUAUCCAGUAUAUGUAUUUGCGCACACUUCAUGCACACUUGCAUACAACACCAGCAGACACUGUACACACACACACACACACACACCUGGCAAGAAACAACAACAAAUGGUUUCCAUAGACUUUAGAGUUGGUAUUUUUUUUUUUUUUCUUCACAGUGAGUGAGAAUCGCUGCUUUGGGGAUAAUUUCCAUAUUUAUGAAAAUGUCGGCCUUUUUUCCCCCUUUUUUUCUCAUAUUUUUUAAAUAAUUUAAAUUCAAGAUUUUUUUUCUGUUUUUAAUUACGACAAAGAAACAGAAAAUUUUUUUUGGGGGGGGGGCGUAUUUAAUUGUGAUUCGGUGCACUCUUUAGUUCUCAUGGAAACUCUUUUUUUUUCUUCUUGUCGUUUCUAGCCACAUGACUUCCGGUGGUUUUUAAACCCGCCCUGUAAACCCCGACCGUGGACCGGCUGAUCUGGGAUCAGGGUUCAGUUGCGUUGGCUUGAGCAGAACUGUGUGAUGACUGACGGGCACUGUGUGAGGAAGAGGUUGAUUGACUCUGUGACUACAUGUCCCCAUCCGAGGCCGGGAGCCCCUGUUAUGUGGAUCAAGGAACCAUCCUGAAAUUAAGUUAACAACAACAACACAAUACCGUUGAUUAGUCCAUCAAAUUUGACGCCAUCUUCGUUUUUUGACAGACAGCCGUAGAUUUGGUUCCUUUCAGUAUUAUACUAUUUGUACACGAGCCAUAAACUUCAAUUGGCGAUGCAGAUCGUUGAAGUGCGACAGGCUGUUGGUGCAAUUUAUCCACAGAACGCGCUCGCUCCCGGGACGCCCACGGAGUUGAAAUCGUGAACGCUUAUCGAGAACUCGCCUCUCUCUACGCGACCGACGCGUGUAGAGCGGCAUUUAUAAAGUCUCCGAUUUCACGGCUAAAUUCCGAGCUCGGAAUACAAAUAACGGCAGAAUUGCAAUGUUUGAAGAAGAGAAAACAAGUGCAUCAACCAGGAAGAAAAAAAUAUAUUUCUGAAAAAUGCACUCCUAUUCACAAAAGUGCCAAUCCGACCAACAAAGACGAGAAGUUCUUUAUGUAUCUAUCUUUGACUCUUUUUUUCUUCUUCUUUAUAUCUUUUUAUUUACUUGAAUGUGCACACGUUUCGUGCAGAACAUUGCUGCUCUAUUUCUCCUUAUCUUUUUUUUUGCCAUCUGUUCUUUUUGGGGGGGAAGUGGCAUGCGUUAACCGAGGGGCGCCUAAAUAAGGAAUUUCAUGAAGGCAGCGUCAUUUUGGGGGGGGGUGUACAUGACUUGAGUAAUUGCAUAAAACUAGCCUCUCCAGCGAUCGUGUGGACAUCCCUGGUAUUGCAGUCUUCUGAUGGUUUUCACUGUGCAUAGCUAAGCUAAGAUUUCACGGUAGAGUGUAAUAUAUUAAGCAUUUUCUUGAGGGGUGAUGGGGGGGCAACCCUCCUCCUUCCCCCCCUCCUUGUUGUGCAAGAAGAAGAAACUUUGGCUCCGAUAGAAAUAUUGCAGUACUUUUUAGAUGUGGCAGGUGGCGCCAAAUUGUAGAAAUUUAAGCGACUAUCAUAGCGGCCGAUUGCAGGUACUAACCGUGUUUACCAAAGUUGCGUCAUCCUUGAAGGCCUGGUUGAAAUGACUUACUUGAUGUCUAGUUUUAUUUUUUUUCGAUAUACCACUUUAAUGUAAGGGGCUCGGUGGAGACGGUCAGUGCGACUGAGGUUGUUUAAAUCCGUGCUUCUUUUCAUUAGCAGGUGCAAUAGCUCAGUCCCCCUCUGUCUGGUUUUUUAGGGAGUGAAGAAAAUCUGCAAAAUAAUCCUGAUGACUGUAAUAUAUCGAAUUGUCAUAUUGCCCCCCCCCCCCCCCCCAAAAAAGGCAAACCGGCUAAACGUCUCCUCGGAAAAGGCGAACGUUCCUUCUUCACUCGGAAGACGCCAACCCGAGGCGACUAUACUGGACUUAUUUUUUUUUCUUUUCUUUUUCUAAGAUAACAAUUCUGGGAUUCAGAAAAUUAUGCCAGGGACACACACAAAAACGACAAAAAAAAGUAUUAUAAGUUCAACUAAUAUGUAUGUUCUGAUACAUUGACAGGGAUUCAGAUGCAAUUCUAAUCACUUCUGAGAAGUGGAGAAAAAAGCCUCAUUAGAACACGUCGCAUGGAAAGAAGAAGAGACAAAAGAAAGGAAAUACGAAGGAGUCGAGGAUACAAGCCUUUUCUGCUUUUCUUGGUCUUUUUUCUUUCUUUUUUUUCCCGAUCAAGAUAUUCUGGGCUAUAUUUUUGGAUAAUUGUGUUUUAAGAGUUUGUCUGUAGUCAGGGCCGCGUGAUCAGGAACCUCGUCGUCUUUUUGGGGGAAUGAACAGACAUCACUAAAUAUCUCAAAUCUGACUCGUCUUCCGUCCUAGAAGCUGUUCACGUCCGUUAUCGGAAUCUGAAGCCGCGCUUGGCUCGUGUCGAGUAAUGUCGUCGAUGCUACAAAUGUUUACAAUGCUACAUGUUUGUUAGAAAAAAGAAAAAAUCUUUUCAAAUGUCACCACUGACCAGUCCGGAUGUUUUCUCUGCUCUGGUCCUCAUUUCUUUUACUCGUAUUUAUUUUCUCUAUUCUUUUUUUUUUUUUGCUCAAUAACCCAUCUUUAAACUGACUUGACUUGACCGACGGUAUGAAUGAGUUACGAGAAACUUAUACACUUACAACUGAACAUGACACACAAACAUGAACAUGGAAAAAAAGUGCAUACAGGAAUCGGCAACAUUAUUAAAAAAGAAAUGUAAAGGAAAAUAUAUUGAAUUUAAAAAAAAAUGUCCAGUGGAAAUACUGUACAAAACGAAUAAAGUUACGUUGCAACCCUUUAA